UUCUGCAGUUUUAAUCGAGGGGAGUAAUGCAGCCAAGGUUGCAGAUGCUAAUUUUUCAUAUUGUAUUUCCAGCAUUACUUAGAGCCUAGGAAUGCUCCAAGCAUCCAAACCAAAAAUGAUACGUGAAAUUUAUAUUGAUGGUAAAUGGAAGAAAAUUGAGCAGAUUAUUGGCAAAUACCUUGACUUCAGAGGUUGGGUUCCCCAAUUGAUGUUCCUCUUUCGUUUUGUUAUAUCGGUCAAUUACUGACUUCAUGCUGGCAAGGGAAGAUUUACAUAGUAUCAGAUGAUUCAGAUAUAAACUCAUAAAUUCAGGAAUCAAUGUACGAGGUAGUUUCUAUUCAGUCCAUAAAUCUGCAGCUGGACAGAAUAAGUGAAGUGCAACCUGAAAGUAAGUCUUUCCAAGUUCUCAUCUGUUGGGCCUCGCCUAACCAAAAUUUUGUGGAAAAUGGUGUUUGAGUCCAGUUUCUACAAAGUGUUCAGUGGGUCCUAAGCAUGUAGAAUAGUUAUGGGGAAUUUUAGAAGUCGUUAAAAUCUAAUUAAAUCCAGAAGUCUACUUGCUUAAGCUCUUUUCUUCAUGCUCUACAUGUGACCUCUAAAUGCUGAGAUCUACCUCGAGAACACCAAGAAAUACCUUUCAAAAAAAAUCCUAUAUGACCUAACUUCAACUUCUACAUAGGGCAGCUGUUACAGAAACAAUCUUGUGAAGGUGUUUUGUUCUAAUCCAUUUUUACAUGGAUUUUGUGCAUCUUUUAAGAAAUUCCUAGUUUAGCAAUAACACUGUCAUCUCAAAUCCACUUUUCCUUUCUCCAUGAAACUCGUAUCUGAGUUGUGCACAAUAAAUUAUCUUCUUAAUUUAUCACCUUUAACAUUGCCCAAAACUAAAUUAGGAUUGUUUCCUUGUAAGCCAAUUACACUAACAGGGCUUCUCCAUUCUACUAGAAUCUAGACUAGAGUUCAAUUCAUCUCUUGCUUUAAGAAAAAUUACAUCCUGGAAGUUCUUACCCUUGGGAAAGAAAGAACUUAAGCUCAGCAAAUUCAUGAAUCCAAGCUAUUCAUUUGUGGUUAUUGGAUAUGUUGUAUUACCUUGGUGAAAACUUAUUGGUUAAGUAAACAUCAGCUACAAUUUGCUAUCAAUUAUUACAAGCUAUGAGACAGAAUGUGCCAUGGUAGAAACUAGAGUAGUUCUUGAUUUUUUACCUUUCCCACACUAAUUAACCAGUUUUGCUUCAUUUGGUUUCCCUAAACUCAAACAAAGCCAGACCACUUACGACUUUUAUCUAUUAAGGCAGGUUGGUUGUGUGGGGAUCACAGUUAAUAGAGAGACACUUUUCCUAAUGUCAAAAAAAUCGGGCAUUAAUGAAAAUUCUCAUCUUUAUCUUCUCACCAUUUUAUUAAUCUUUUACUCUCAUAUGCAUUAUCUUGCUAUCAAACAUCUUUGCACAAUUAAUCAGUACUAAUUUUAGUUUUUAUUGCAGAGAAUGUGUCAGGUGACAUUCUAUUACUUUCUGCAGGUAUUGCAUUGCUGACAUUCUUAUUCCCAUUAAAACUUGGAUUAAAACGUUGACAACUUUACUUGACUAUUUAUUUGCAGCACACUGCAAAUUAUACUCAUUGCGACUAAAUAUCUCUCUCUCUC